AUGGGGCGGGGGAGCUUCGGGGGAGGAGGCGGGGGGCUCUACGGCCCCUCUUUGCCCCUCAGGCAGAACCCAGGGGCCACUGGGGUCGUCCUCCCCGACCCUAUUGGCCCCCCGCCUGAGCGGCCAACAGAGCCACGCCGCCCGCGUGGGAAGGGCCACCACGAGGAGAAGGAAUAUGGCCUCUGGGGUUCUGCCCCAGAGGUCAACAGAGCUCCCGUUGCCCCUCCUCGGAGGGUAACAAAGGGCCUGAGGGUCGUGAUCCCUGGAACAAAGCCCAGGGACCAGCCGACAGAAGCCCUGCUACCCCUCCGCGGGGGCAACAGCAGGCCCGAAGAAGUCAGUCUCUGGGACCUGCCCCAAAGACCAACAGAAUUUGUGUUAGCCCCCCUCACGGAGGGGCAAACACAGGCCGGGGAAGGUGGCCCCUGCGGUCAGGCCCAGGGGCCGCCAGAAGCUGCACCACUCUGCUCCUGGGCCAGCCCAGGAGCCGAGGGAAGUUGUACUUCCUCCGCACGGAGGAAGCACAAAAAGGGGCUGGGGGAGGCGGGAGGGAGGGCCGCUCGGGAGGCGGCAAUUCCAUAG